AUGGAAUCAUUUCCAGAGGAAGGGCUACUCCCUACCACCAUUACCCAUCUCAAAAUAUGGAGAUUUUCAAAACUUAGUGGAUUAGACAAAAAUGGGCUUACACAACUAACCUCAUUGCAAAGACUUCAAGUCUGGGGCUGCCUUGAGUUGGAGACAUUGUCAGAAGAAGGAUUUCCAACCUCCCUCACCUCUUUGGAGAUCUCCAAUUGUCCUUUGGUUUCAGAAAAGUACUCUCAGAAGGAGAGUGGGAAUGAGGAGUACUGGAACAAGAUUAGUCACAUACCAAAUUCAGUGUUUAUAAUGAGUGAGACAUAUGAUGAAGUAGCUCAUCUGAAUGAACAGAUUGCUCAAGAAACACUGUCAUUCACUCUAAAAUUCAUUCGAAGAUAUUCUUGGGAGGGUGUUGAUGAGUUUUUCUUUACAGAUUUUGGUUUCUGUUUUCAUUUGUAUGUUUCAGAUAAAUUUGAUUCCACGGUCGUGACAAAAACUCUCCUUCAAGAAUUAGCCCCGGGUGAUGCUAAUGAGAUGAAUUUGAAUUCACUUCAAGUUAAUUUGUCAAAUAAGUUAAUGGGAAAGAAAUUUUUGAUUGUCUUAGACGAUGUUUGGGAAGAUGAUUAUGCUCAGUGGGCAGAAGUGAUGAAGCCUUUCAACGGUGGGGCAAAAGGCAGCAAAAUAAUAGUAACAACAAGAAAUGGAAAAGUUGCAGAUAUCAUUCGAACUGUUGAUACACACCAGCUUAGAGAAUUAUCAGAAGAUGAGUGUUGGGUACUAUUUAUGAAGCACGCUUCCAGUGGAAACUAUAGAAAGUUUACUGAGAACCCACAUUUAGAAAGGAUCGGCAAAGAAAUUUCCAAGAAAUGUAAUGGUUUGCCUUUAGCUGCUAAAGUUCUAGGAGGCAUCUUGAGAUCGACGUUAGAUGCUGAGAGAUGGAAACACAUAGCAAUGAAUAAUCUUUGGGAGCUGACACAUGAAAGGAGCAAGACUGUUCCAGCUGCUUUAGAAGUGAGCUACUACUUUGUUCCUCUACACUUGAAAGGGUGUUUCGCUUUUUGUUCAAUAUUCCCAAAAGGCUAUCCAAUUCAAAGAGAAGAGUUGGUCUUAUUAUGGAUGGCUGAAAAUCUUGUCAUGCGCUCUAAGGGGAAUAGAAGAAUGGAAGAAGUUGGCGGUGAGUAUUUUGAUGAUUUAGUGUCUAUGUCAUUUUUUGUAAAAUCUAUGGAUUGGAGAGGUAUAUCUUGUUUUGUGAUGCAUGAUCUUCUUGUGGAUUUGGCUAAAAUUGUUUCUGGAAAGUAUAAAUCUUUAUUAGAGAACAAUGAAGACAUUGUUAAGUUUGAGAAGAAGACACGUCACCUUGGAUGUGUCAUGGAACUUUAUACUGAUAAUAAGAUAGCUAGUUAUGAUUUUGGAGCUACACGUUUGCGAACCUUUUUAACAUUAUUAGAUUCAAGUUAUUCUAAUAUCAAUAUUUCCAAGGAAGAAGUACAGAAUUUGCUAUCGAUGUUGAAAUGUUUGAGAGUUCUAUCUUUUCGUGGUGUUCAUAUGACAGUGAAAUUAGAAGAUUGCAAUCAUCUUCAAACUCUGCCUAAAGAGAUGCAUCAUCUCAUUAAUUUGAGACAUCUUAUUAUCAAUGGAGACAGCCUGGUUGAGAUGCCAAGUCAAAUAGGCAAAUUGACGAAUCUCCAAAUUUUGACAACUUUUGUUUUGGGGAAGGAUAGUGGCGCUAAAGUAGAAGAAUUGGCAGAACUUCAUAGUCUACAUGGAGAGCUUUCCAUUAAGAAGUUAGAAAAUGUGGUCAAUAUUACCAAAGCACUAGAUCAAGUUAUUGUACUAGAGAAGAAGCAACUUGAGAAAUUGAGGUUGGAAUGGAGUGUUAAUGAUGUAAAUGUUGAUCUAAAACAUGGAGAGGGUGUGCUUGAAAUGCUUUCACCUAACAGAACGUUGAAGGAGCUCGAGAUUAUUUACUAUCCAGGCAAAAUAUUUCCAAAUUGGGUUGGGAAUGAUUCGUUUAGCAACAUUGGUGAAGUAACUCUCUAUGGAUGUAAGCAUUGCUCCUAUUUGCCACCCUUUGGGCAACUUCCUUUGCUAAAAUAUCUUUCCAUCUCAAGAUGCAAUUCGGUAGUGACGGUGGGUGCUGAGUUUUACGGGAAUUGUUCUGUGAGAAAGCCGUUUUCAUUAUUGGAAACAUUAAGGUUCAGCCACAUGUCAUCAUGGGAGCAAUGGCAUUCAAUGCAAACUGAAGAGGCAACAACAUAUGGGAAGCUCGAAACACUUGAGAUUAAUAGCUGUCCUAAGUUCGAGGGAGAUUUGCCUCGCUUUCUUCCUUCAUUGAUAAGUAUUGAAAGUACAGGUAACAAGGAGUGUCCAUUAUUAAGUCUCCCAAGAUUACCAUGUGUCACAAAUAUGAGCAUUGAUAACUUGGAGAAUUCGGAGUCUUUGUAUGAGGCAAUAAAGCCAAGGAAUCAUUGUUCCACUCUCACUCCACUCUACCAUUACCCUCCUCUUCAAGAGCUUCAUUUGGAGUCUUGUGGAUCAUCGUUUAGAUCCCUCCAUUUGGAUUUGUUUCCCAAUCUCAAAACUCUUCACAUUGAAUCCAGCAACUACUUUGAAGCUAUCUCAGUGUCAGAUGGGAAAUCUCUUGAGGAACUAACAUCUCUAUCUAUCAAGGAUUGUGGUAGUUUUGUAUCUUUCCCAAAUGUACUUAUUGCUCCCAAGCUGAGUGAGUUUAUCAUUCGUGAUUGCUCUAAAUUGAAGUGGUUGCCAGAGCAGAUGACUUCCCUCUCAUCUUUAGAGUCAUUGACAAUCUCAAAAUGUCCGUUGAUAGGGACUUUGCCUGAAGAUGGUCUGCCUGUUAAUUUGUCUAUUCUUCAUAUAUCCUAUGAUGAACUUUUGAGGAUGAAAUGGAAUUGGAAAACAUUACCCCAUCUUACCACUCUUUCUAUUAAUGGAUAUGGAAUAGAAGAAGAUGUGGAAUCAUUUCCGGAGGAAGGGCUACUGCCUACCACUAUUACCGAACUUUAA